UGCUGCACCUCACCGCUUAAGUGCGGGUCAUCUAGCUCUGUUGCCCUGAUACGGCCGCCUCCUCGCUCCGCCGAGAAGGGUGUGGGUGCCUCAUCCAUUGACUUCGCUGGCCAUUCGGACAGGCAAACAGAUGACCUAGAGCUCCUUGUCCGACACCAGCGGACGAUGGACCUAUCAGCGAUCCUGGCCACUCCCACUGUGGCGCAGCGAACCGACACGUUCAAUGCCAACACGUUCCUCCAUGACGACGGAUGUUGGGACAGGAUGUCACGGUCAUGGUCGGGCGUGGCAACAAUUUGAUGAAGAACUGACCUGGAUAUUGACGACAGUCCCAGAAUCAGAAGGCCGACCCGCCGCACGUUUAACCGGAUUGUUAGGCUUUCUGUUCGCCACCGAGUUGCACGAGCGUGGGGAGAGCAGUACCUCCAGGCUCCGUACGGCACGGCACUAAAUGGAAAGUGAGGGUGACUCAGACGUGAGCUACCAAAUCGCCAUCCUAGGCAGCCAAUGUCUACGCGGGCGCGUGGGCUACCGUACCUGAUUCGCCAAUUUGACUCGCCUGCUUUCUGGCACCUUCGUCGCUGUCUUCCGACGAGGGCGAAGUGCACGCAUGACAAGGAAUCGGGCUGCGACAGAUUUCCAAUCAUGGGAUGGGCUCCUGCCGACCGACCUGUUGUCUUAGGUCUGCUCUUUUCCUGUUUGCGUGUCAUAUUUAUGCUCUCGCAGUCACCAGCCGCAAGAGCCUGAUCCGUUGGUAACAUAUCUCUCUCUGACUCCACUGUACCAGCAGCCAGGAGGUCCAACACCUCACGUUCAUGCUGACCUGCGAGCAAUACUUAUUCACUACUGAUCAUUGGCCAAUACCAGUGCUACUUAUCACAGCGCUGUCGCAACAUCUUCCUGCCAAUCGACCUUGAACGCAGGCACUCAUCCGGACCUAGGCGGACAGAAUCCAAGCAUAGGUACAGCACAGCACAGCACAGCACAGCACGACGCGACGGGCUUCGCCACACACGCACAUGAUCCCGCUGCCCAUAUAAGGCUGACCAACUCGCUCGCCCUUGGGCAAACCCACCACGACACACCAUCUACAGUCGCGAGAGUCUGCUAUGGACUUGUCGCAACAGCCGCAAGAGAAGAGAAUGGGACCAACAUCACACCUGCUCACACCCGAGGAGCCGACGAUAGACAGCUUUGAACAACACAGGCAGCCUGUCAAGCCUGUAGAGCCACGAUCGCCACCAGCGUCACCAGCAUUCAGGCCGCUCUCUCAAGACCAUAUUCUCUACCCGUAUGAGGGCAACGAUUCUACGCAUACGCCACUAUUCGCGGCCCAUACCACUCCCGGAGCCACUCCAGAACGAGAAUCUACACCAGCAACAACGGCUGCGUUGCAGUCACCUAGCCCAGCGGAGCCACACGCCCGACAGCAACAGCGACCACACUCGCCCAAAGAACCCCUGUAUCCCAGGCCUGCUGUCAUCAGUUUUGUUCAGCAGUAUAACGCCGAUCCAGUGGGUUAUCACAAGAGGUGUGUGGCUGAGGUCAUGGAAUUGCAGAGGACCAUGCGCGGGGCGCGAAAGCUACCUUCACCCAUCUUCCAACCCGUCGAGCGCGAUUCUCAUACCAAACGACUCGUUGAAAGUCUAGGCAAGACAAGGGUAACCAAAAGUGGAUCUACUCUUCCUGUCGCGAUCCGAGCACGAGUCGACAGAAUUGCCGCACCUGCGAGGCCAUCACGGGCCGGUCCCAUCGAUGAAGAACGGACUAUUCCGACCCCAACGAAGCGAGCCAGCAGGCAGACGUCCAGUGCUACCAACGGCAUGAGCGGCCAACUCCAUGCUGCUGCUGCACCGAAACCACGCACUCGUCAGCCUCCCAGCAAGAUGGUCGAACGUAAAGACCAAAACUGGAGAGAUGUGCCUGAUCGAUGCCCUCCAACCUCGUCGUUGGACACUGGAAGCAAGAAACUGUCGGUCGAGUGGCCGAACAAGAACCACCAAGACUUGAGUAAUGAUGAGGAUCGCAUCCACCUGCAUGCACAGGAACUGGCAGUGGCAUCGACUCUCAGGCUGAAAUGUGACCGCUACAUGCUCAUCAAGCGCCUCAUCUUCCAGGAGAAAGUGAAGUUUUUGAAUGAGAACAAGGAGUUCAACAAGACGUCUGCGCAGGCGUGUUGCAACGUUGAUGUUAACAAAAUCAGCAAGCUCUGGCAGUCAUUCAACGACGUGGGCUGGUUCGACAAGCACUGGUUCGAACAAUACAUGGAGUAAAGUGUGCUCGCCUUCCAGCCUCCCCCGGAGGCUACAGAUGACAGGCAAUUCGGUCACACAGUUUGACUGGCCCUUUCGGAUUCAUUUUGUGCGGGACGCGCACCUCUUUUUUAUGCUUUUCAUUCAUGCGUUAUUUUGGCAACAGCUUUGCACGACACUCACACUUUUCGGGAGUUUACGAUUACAGGAUAUGGGAUGAAGGCGGCCCGCUCUGGCAGUGGUCUGGAUGAGAUAUGGACUUUUUGAUGAUUUGCAUGAGGAUAUGAGUGCAUUAGACCGAGUCUGGUGCAGUAGGUUGGAUGAUGUGCUAGAUUGGACGCAGCUCCAGUACUUGUUUUGCUUGCAUUAUACCCCCUACUCUAGCUAGCCAGAGACGCCGAUAUAGCAAUGACAGUUGUGUAGUAAUUUGGACG